CUCUGACUGACGGACGCAGGAGUUCAAACAAAAGAAAAUAGUGAAGAAGAAAGUGGCAGCUUUGUCUUCGCAAACAUGACCAUCUUUGGUGCAGCUGUGAUCCUGGUCCUCGCCUCAACCUGGCUUCAGCAGAGCUCCGCUGUUUCACUCAGUGUGGUGGUCCCAGUGAAGACUGUGGGUGAAGUGAGCAGCAUGGUCCCAGUGAACAGUGUGAUCCCAGUCUACGCUGUGGUGCCUGUGGACUCUGUUGAAGCAAAGAACAGUGUGGGAGCUGUGGAGAGUGUGGGUCAGGUGAACAGUGUGGUUCCACUGAGCAGUGUGAGUCAAGAGAACAGUGUGAGUCAGGUGAACAGUGUGGUUCCACUGAGCAGUGUGGGUCAAGAGAACAGUGUGGGUCAGGUGAACAGUGUGGUUCCAGCUUACAGUGUGAGUCAAGAGAACAGUGUGGCUCAGGUGAACAGUGUGGUUCCACUGAGCAGCGUGGAUCAAGAGAACAGUGUGAGUCAGGUGAACAGUGUGGGUCAGGAGAACUCUGUUGUUGCAGUGAAAUCUGUUGAAACUGUGGACAGCGUUGAGAAUGACCACUCCAGCAAUGAGAUGCCGCUCAACUUGUGGCAGACGCUCUACCAGAGCAAGCAACAACGCAAAGGGUGUUUUUAUUGUUGCAACUGUUGCGGCAUGACACUGUGUGGAAUCUGCUGCAGGAAUUAAUGCAGCUGCACUUACCAGCACCUCUUUCCCAACUAUUGUCUUCAAUCAUAAAUCAGACAAGAAUCAAGAAAAUAAUAUCAGCAUUUAACUGGUGAUUUCAAUGCACUGAAUGAUCUGAAUUGUAAUUUUCACUGAAAUAAAAAGCUUGCGUAUCCUGUGA